AUGUCAUCUAAGACUACUGAUAAUAGACGCAUAAUAAUGAAGCAAAUUAAAUUUAUCUUUAUUAAAAUUUUGGUUAAGACAGAAAAACAAAAUUUACCAGUUUCGCUAGUUGUUUUUGUUUGCUUUCUGCAGAUCAAUAUGAUUACCUCUGCACUCAUGACGCCUGAUGAGAAGCGUUAUUUUGAGAAUUUGGUUUCUUUUAACAGCAGAGUUAAAGUGUCUUGCGUUGCGCGUCUUUACAAGGCAGCGUAUCAGAGUUGGAUUCUAGUUUCCUCUGGAGUUGUUACACUCGAAGAACUUUUUGUCCUAAACGUUGUGUCAAUUUGUUUCUACGGCAAAAAAAAUGUUGAUUUUCUCAGAUCUUUGGGGUCUGAAGUGUACAGUUGCAAAUCAGUCCUUAGAAGCAUUCGUGCACUUGCCCUUCGGCUGCACAGUUUUGUGUCUUUCCUUAAGGUAAUUGCACAUCAAGGAAAUAUAGAUUAUCUGACUAAAUUAUGCCGUUCUCUACCCAUUUGCUUAUUGUUACUUAUGCGAUUUCAGGAGGGUAGAAAACUAAUCAAGACAGACUUGUAUAAAGAGAUGGAAUACCAACAAUGUACACCUCAAUUUCACUUAUUCCAUGGUGUGGUUUGCCCUCUCGGCUUGGCCUUUGCUUGCCCCAAGGAAGCAAAUGACUUAUUUACUUUUGUUCAGGCCAAAAUAAAUCCUCCUCCCGCCCAAAAUGGGAGGUUUGCUGCUUUGAUGUAUAAAGCAAAAAGAGGGAUUCACGGAGUAGCUGAAAGGGUAGCGGGACAUCUUCGAAAUGAGAAUCAGGUACAGGAAGCAUUAGAAAUUCACAACUAUACGGAGUUGGAGAAGUCAACACGAUCAACACCAGCAGUAACACCACCACCUGCACCACCACCACCACCACUUGCACCACCUGCACCACCACCACCACUACCAUCACAACAGCCGGCCAAUGAUGAUCGCGGUAAACUGCUCAACUCAAUUGAGGGGUUUGACGUCACCAAGCUAAGACAGAGACCGGAUGACUUAGUUCUAAUAGAAAAGCAUCGACUAGUCGGGGGAAAAUUAAUUUUACGUAAUUGUUUGAACUACAAAUACCCAUCACCAAGUUCUUCCAAAUGA